AUGGAAGGGAAAAAUACUAAUCAAGAUAAAGAAACCAUUGUCGGGAAUAAUGUAAUCCACAACAAUUUUGAAAGCACAAAUUUUAUGAACAAUUUCCGAGACCUUUUAAAAAAUGAAAUAAAUUACAAUGACUACCCAAACUAUUACAUACUAAAUAAUGAGCUCAGGGUGAAGGAAUCUAUAGACAAUUAUACUUUUACAAGCAAUAAUAAAAGCGAUAUAAAUAAAAAAGAAAAAGUUUUGAAAAAAUAUAUAAUCCAUUUAGUACCAUCAAAAAAUUCUAAUUUUUAUAAUUUUAUUAAAAAAACAAAAGAAGAAGUUUUAAAUUUGUAUGGAACUGAUGAGACAUAUAAAUAUGAUACACACAUAAGUUUAACUGGAUUUUUUUUUUGUGAUAAUAUAAAUAUUUUUAUAAAAACAUUAUAUACAUAUUUUUUUUAUUAUGCAAAAUUAUAUUAUAUAUAUAGAAAAUUAUUAAUAAUUAAUUUAUUCUUUCAUAUACACCUUAAAAAAAAUAACGACACAAACCAUACUCUCUAUAUUAUCAAUAAAUACAAAAAUAAUACUAUUAUCUAUGAAUAUAAAAAUGCUAAGAAAAAAAAACAAGAUUUUCCUCAACUACAAAAUGAAGAAACAAUAUAUCCAAAAUCUCCUGCAUACUUACAAAGUUAUACACUAACAAACUCACUAGUGCUACAUACAAAUAUGCAAAAUAACGAUAAAAAACAAGUAUACAAAACACAUGUUCUUAAAACAAAUGAUGGUUAUGUUAUUAUUCCUGUAUUAUGUGAUUGGAUUAAAAAAUUCAUUGAAAAUUUCCAAUUUUUACUAAAAAAUGAUAGUUUUAAAUCUUUUAAUAAAAGAAAAUUAAAUACUCGUGAUGAUAUAUCUCGUACUUAUCUUUUUAAAAAUGAAUAUUUUUAUAAAACUUCAAAAACAACACUAACAAAAAUCUCUUUUCAAAAAAAAAAUGAAAACAAAAUUAGCGAAGCUGAAAAUGUUCAUAACCCUAAUCAAACUCAUCGAAACAAAUCAAAAAUAACUGUACUUAAAUCUGAAAAUGAAAAUAAUCAAAAAAAUACAAAAAUUGUAAAAAAACUAUCACAAGAAACAAAUAUAAUAAAAUAUAAAUAUAGUAAUACUAAUGUAAAUUUAACAAACUUUCGAAUAAAACGGUGUAACCAUAUAUCCCUAGCUUGUAAUCGAACUAAUAAUGAAAUAAAAAAUAAUAUUGCAAAUAUGUAUAAUGAUAUUAAAUAUCAUUUUUAUAAUUGUCCAUGGGAUUUAGUUAUGUUUGAAUGUGAUGAAAAUAAUAUUAAUCAAGAGAAAAAUAUAAAUUACUUUUUAAAAGAAAUAUUUCGAUUUAAAAAUUUUGCAGUUUCAUAA